AUGGGGAAAUGUUUCAAUCUUGAAAACAUGGUAAAGGCUGGCGUUAACCUUGAAGAGGUUUCGUCUGUGCUUUUCAAAAAGAAUGCAAUCCCCGUUCCCAAUGUUGAGGAAAAACCCGAAAACAAAGAGGAGAAUAACGAUUUGUCGCAUGUCCCUGGCGAGUAUGUUCGCACAGACUCCCGAAAGUACAACCCAGGCUGGCGAAUUCCAGGUAGAAGCCGUUUCCUCACUUGCCCCGUGGUCUUUUGGCUGCUGCGCUCCUUUUUCCCUGGUGCGAAGUUCUCCAUUUAUGAAGUCCAGGAAUCUUCUGUGGAAAACACGAUUACUUAUAUUUUCCAUCGUGCCUUUAAGAGUGAUGGAGUUGUUGUCAAUGAUGAAGCGAGAGCUAUUUGGGAUGCUUUCAACCAGUAUGCAGACUAUCGUGAUAGAGAAACUACAACUUUUGAUUUUGAAGGUCCGACCCUUCGUUUCUCUUCCCUCGUUAAGGGUUAUUUCAAUAUCACGUCGUUUAAUUCCCGUUCAAUUCCUGUACAGAAUCCCAGCUGGGCUUCUUUCUUUGAUGAGAGCGAAGACAAGUACAAUGGUAUAAAGUUUGGUGCGCCCGUUCGUUUGCAUGGUGCAACUUUAUUAUUGAUUUGGGCACUGUUGGAAAAAUACCACCUUGCUUUAGGUGUUCGCCUUUCUUCCUUCGUUCUAACCGAAAAGGUGUCUUUGCUGCCUUUGUUUGCGUAUUGGAAAGCGUAUUAUGACCGCUUUGGUAUUCAGUUCAAUUCCAAUUAUUAUGUAACGAAUCUUGCGAAAAUAAUGAAACAUCCGCAAGUAACCCGCUUACGGCUACCAAUUUGGAAGUUCGUUCAUGAUCUCGGUUCUUGCUGGUACACGGAAGACCAGGACUUUGUGUCCGCUCAUAUUUCGGACUUGACUAAUUCCGCUCCCGCUGGUAUGGCUGCUCGUUUUAUUGAUACUUCUGAAGAAGGGUUUCCCAUUUAUGACGCUGGUGUUGUUGAUGGUGCAGACGGUCAGCAUUCCCACAUAGAUCAAGUUUGGCACGGCAAUUUAGCAAGUGAAUAUCUUAAGCGUAUUUAUCGCUGGAUAACCGUAAUACUAUUGCUGAUCAUUGCCGUUCUAAUUUCAUUGGUCAUACUUUUGACCCAAUUGAUAUUUUUGAUGUACGUUUCUCAGUCCGACACCCUCGCUACUUCCGGUGAUGAAGGUGUGAACCUUGGAGCACAGGCUGGUAUGGGUAUUGGUAAGAUCAAGGACAAGAAAUGUCGUGUAUUUAAGUAUACGAGCAAUGAACAUGGCUUUGUAGUUUCCAUGUAUUCUAUUGUGCCAUCGUCUGGUUAUGUUCAAGGCGUAGCCCGUCAAAAUCGUUGCAUUCGCAAGUUGGAUUUUUAUAAUGCUGAGUUUGACGCUCUUGGUAUGGAAACAAGUUCUAAAAGCGAUAUUGUUGGUGCUAAUGACUGGCCGAUUGCUGGCGAUUCCCCGUUGUCUCAGACUUUCGGUUUCAUUCCCCGUUAUUCUGGAUUGAAGGUAGUGCAGAAUAUCGCUAAUGGCGACUUCUCUCUGCGUGGCGUUCGUGACAACUUCUUGCCCCUUCAUGCUUGA